AUGUAUCUUUUCCACAAACAUAGAACCAUGCCUUAUCCUGAAAUGAGGUUUUCAUGCAUUCCACGAGGACCGCUCCUUCAAUCGCAAAGAUCAGGCAUCGAGUUGUCACGUUGCUAUCGAUACAGAGAAAAUAAGACGCUUCCUAGUUCAGAGAAUUUCGUUUCCGUCUCCGAAAGCAUUAAGUUCUCUACAAGUGAAGAAGACUACUUUGCAGGAGUUCGUCUUUUUGCCCAAAAAGAAGACAGGAAAGACUUCUCAGUGCAGGUCAGAAUAUCAAGGAAUCAUAAAAUGAAAGAGGAAGUAUGUAGUGUGCGUGGAACGUUAGUAGUUAUAUAG